AUGUUGAAGUUGUGGCUCGGGCUCGCGCUAACGGCUGAUUCAUCGGCUUUAUUCAGGGAUCGUAAUAGUUUUGGGAUGAAUCUAAAAAGACCAUCGGAGCUCUACAAACACCUAAGAGUUACCAAGAGACAUAUCCUGGGAAAAUCCCAUGAUGACGUCGUUACAUCACUCCCAAAAGACAAUGAUGCCCCAGAGCUAGAGUCACGACUUCAAUUCCAUAAACAAUUUAUGAUCGGAGCGCAAAAUAACAGAGUAGGGUUAGGAUCAAGUAGGAAAGUCCAAGAUACGGAUAUAUUGAAGUCUUUUAUUCGGCAAGACGAGAACGAUAAAUACAAGAUCCAUGCAAUGAGUUUAGAAAUGCAGAACGAGUGGUUAGACAUGGGAGAUUUUUGCAUUCCACUAGCACUAAAAUGGCGCACCCUAGUUCAUGACUGGUCGCCAGCCUUGCUAAAAUUUUAUCUCAAUGCGUUCCAGAUGACUCUCCCAGAUCAGAGUAAUUUAGUAAGAUGGGGUAAAGGUACCGAAAAAACUUGCUAUAUCUGCGGAAAGGCAGUUGGAACUGCCAAGCAUUUGCUGGUGGGAUGUAAGGUUCUCCUGGACAGCGGUCAAUACUCGCGUCGUCACGAUAGGGUCUUAGAGAUCAUACGUGAAGCGGUUAGUCUUUCGGUAGCCAGAGCGCAAAGGGAAAUAACCACAAACGAGCGAUCAAUAGGUUUUGUGAGAGAGGGCACCAGGGCUAUAAAAUCAAACGUCAAGCCUUACUCUAUCCUUAAAGCGGCUUCGGAUUGGACUAUCAUGAUGGAUACGUAUGAGAAACAAUACAAAAUCCCCGAGGAUAUUUGUGCGUCGGCCUCCAGACCAGACAUAUUUCUAUAUUCGCGUAUUUUAAAGCGCGUUGUGAUGAUAGAGCUUACGGUGCCUUGGGAAACCAACAUCCCCAAAGACCAUGCCAUCAAGGUCAAUAAGUAUUACGAGCUCACUAACGAACUAACUCGAAAUAGGUUCGUCGUUGAUUUGUACGCGGUAGAGGUGGGAGCGAGAGGUAUAACAGCUAAAUCUCUCUAUAACCUACUAAAAGACUUGGGCCUGUCCAGAACUAACAUUAAUUCAUUCUUAGAACGUACGUCGAAGGCAGCCCUAGUAGGUUCUUUUCAAAUUUGGUUAGGUAGGGAGAGGAACUUGGACAGUGGAGGUGAGCGUAUAACGCGCGUUAGUUAA